CACAUGGGCUCCGGAAGUCUCCCGACUGGAAUAUCCUAUGGAAUAACACAUGUACAGGCAAAUAAUAACAUUAUUUUUAUCCCGUCCGACGGCUUUUUUUUUUUCCCCCUUCCCUGAAGUCGCGCGUGGAGGCGGGCUGGUCCGCGGACCCGCUCCCGGCCUGAAUAUAAACUCCCCGCCGGCGCAGAAUGGAGAUGUGCUGCAUGUUUACCACGUCGCACCGAGAGGCUGCUUCUCUGCUUCACGGUUGUAACGUUAGUUAGUGGCUGGAAUCCGCGGACAGCAUCAGCUUUCUGACCGGGUAAUAAACGCCACAAACGCCCGGCGAGUUGCCUCUGAGCGUCCCACCACCGGAGCUUUUUUUAAACAUUUUUUUUAAUCUAUUAUUUAUUUUGGAAUGGUUUGAAACCUGAAGCCUUCUCCCCCCCCGAGGACAUGUCUGGGCUUUGAUUGUUUUUGUAUUUCCGACUGUGACGCAAGUUUCUACCGAACCAUGAAGACUCCGCUGGCUCCCGGGAUCCGGCUGCUCACGUCCUUUUCUCGGGAUAGUUGGUACCGCGGUUUCAUUCUUACCCUCACCUUCCUCUUCUACACGGCCUACCACCUUUCACGGAAACCUAUCAGCAUCGUGAAGAGUGAGCUGCACAGAAACUGUUCCCUGGUCAUUCGACCUGCAGACCUUAACUUCACCAACAAUGCUACAUGGUGUGACUGGGCGCCCUUUGACCAGAACAACUACCAGACCCUGUUUGGCGUUUUGGAUAACUCCUUCCUGGUUGCCUAUGCCAUCGGCAUGUUUUUCAGCGGGAUAUUUGGAGAGCGUGUGCCUCUGCGCUACUACCUGAGCUUUGGGAUGCUGAUGAGCGGAGUGUUCACGUGUCUGUUUGGCCUCGGCUUCUACUUGAACAUCCACUCGUUGUGGUACUACUCCGUCAUCCAGGUCUUGAACGGGCUCAUGCAGACCACCGGGUGGCCUGCAGUGGUGGCGUGCAUCGGGAACUGGUUUGGAAAGGGGAAACGUGGGUUCAUCAUGGGUGUGUGGAACUCUCACACCUCUGUGGGAAACAUCUUGGGCUCCCUCAUCGCAGGAGCUUUCGUGUCCUCGGCGUGGGGAUUGUCCUUCAUCGUCCCCGGGCUCAUUAUCGCCUCCACUGGGAUCCUGUGCUUUUUCUUCCUGGUUGAAAAACCCGAACACAUCAACUGCACUCCUCCCCAGCAUCACAGUGAGAAGGAGAGCGACGGCGACGAGACCGAGUCUGUCACCAAUAACUCGUCCCAUGUCGACCGAGUGGCCUACGGUUCCAUCAGCGCCGAGCCCGCAGAGGCUGUUGAGCAGCACACGGAGGCCAUCAGCUUCAGCGGGGCUCUGAGUAUCCCUGGAGUGGUUGAGUUUUCUCUCUGCCUGCUGUUUGCCAAGCUGGUCAGCUACACCUUCCUGUACUGGCUUCCUCUCUACAUCUCCAACGUUGCACACUUUGAUGCAAAGGCGGCAGGAGACAUGUCGACGCUGUUUGAUGUAGGAGGAAUCGUGGGAGGCAUCACGGCGGGCCUCGUGUCCGACUACACGGGCGGCAGAGCGACGACCUGCUGCGUCAUGUUGCUCACUGCGGCCCCGAUGCUUUUCCUCUAUAACUACAUUGGACAAAGGAGCCUGGCUACUACAGUCGGUAUGCUGCUGUUGUGCGGAGGCCUGGUGAACGGACCGUAUGCCCUCAUCACUACUGCCGUAUCUGCUGACCUGGGAACCCACGAGAGUCUGAGAGGAAACUCCAGGGCGUUGUCAACGGUGACGGCCAUUAUUGACGGGACUGGUUCUGUUGGAGCUGCGGUGGGUCCUCUGCUAGCCGGCCUGAUCUCUCCCACUGGCUGGAACCACGUCUUCUACAUGCUCAUCACUUCUGACCUCUUAGCCUGCCUGUUUUUGUCCAGGCUCGUUUACAAAGAAGCUCUUGGUUGGUGUCGACGUGUCCCCCGAGCCAGAGGGUUCAAAGAAAUCUGAAACACCGGGAACCAAAAUUGAGAAAAGAGGGAGAAAAUGCCGAAACUGACCUCGGUGGACAUUAUAUACUUCACUGAAUGGAAACCAUUGGAGCCGCCAGUGGAGGAUUCGAGGCACUACAACUGACGAUCAAGGCCGCCUUCUUCUUUUAAAAGACAAAUAUUUCUUUAUGGACACAACACUCUUUUUUAAAUGACUGAUUUACCGAUUUUAACUUGUUUUAAUAUUCUUUUAUCAUUAAAAAGUGUGUGCAUUUUCUUAAUUUCUGUCUCCCUAGUUACUGCAUAAAAACAAUAUAUAACAAUAACCUCUAUGUUUUGAGGGGAUGAUUCGUCUAAUGUCUGAAUCACAUUUUGCCUGACCAACAAAAAGAAAGUUGACGCCGCCUUCCUAUAUUUCCAUCUCUCAUUUACGCACAUGGGUCAAAUUAUGAAUAUCAGCCUAAAACUGUGCUUAAAAUGGGACGGGUGUCGGCAAAUUACACAGAUGACAAUUGGACUCCCUGCUCCCCGUUCUCCGUGGCAACCUCUAUAAAAAGGUAGUCAAUGACAGUAAUAAGAACGUACUAGAAGGACAUCGUGACCACAGGCCUCCACAAGGACAAAUGACCUCAUUCACAAUGUUAUUAAAAGCGGAACACUUCUUUUCCCUUUGAUUCAGAUAUGCUCCAAAAUGUGGUAUGACAGACUUGCGUGAAUAAACACUUAAAUAUCG